GUGCCAACGGUUAUGUCGCGCGUGGGAGCACGUGCAGCUCUGCCAGAGGAUCCGGUACUUAUACCGGUACAUGUAGGACGUUAGAGAACUCGAACACAACCUGCUCAACAGUCAAUGACAGCGCAAUACCAUCAUUAGUAGUCUUGGUUUUUCGCGACAAAACCACCAUGGCCGAGACCAAGAAGGCAGAAGCCGCCGCUGUGGCCGUGCCAGAGGGCGCCUGUGCCGUUGAUAUCCGCAUCUUUCUUUUGACAAUCACCCUUUCCAUGUCUAUUGCAUUUUGGGUUGGAAUCAGUGUCCAUCUCCCUUUUAACAGUCUGGGGCAACGUCCUUCCACGGUUCCAGCUGCCCUUGAAAUCGAAGAGCCCGAGAUUCGCACCUUGGAGCUUUCUCCUGCCGACUAUGACAUGACUGAUGCUCACAGUCCAUCUGGCCAGCAUCUUUUGGUGGAUAUCCAAGGAAUUGAAGCUGCCUUUUUGGACUCGGAAGAACGCCUGGCAGAUGCCAUGGUCCGCACUGUCCACGGGGCAGGCCUUACUAUGCUUAGCUAUCAUUGCCACAAAUUGGAUCCUGCUGGUAUUUCAUGUGUUGGUGUCUUGUUGGAAAGCCACAUCAGUUUCCACACUUGGCCUGAGGAGGGUGUUAUUACCUUGGAUUUGUUCACAUGUGGUCCCAAUCCUCUAUUGCCUGUGGUGCCCGUCAUUGAGCGUCUGUUUGGUAUUCAACGUUCGGCCGACGAGGAAGUUCGUGUCAAGUGGUCCCAUGAACUCAGAGGAUUCCGUAAAGAAGACGAGAAGAGAACCAAUUAUCUCGACAACUUUAGUGACCUUUCCCUUUGGCUGCUUUCGCCCUUAGAGCUUGUCUCAAAGACACAGGUGUACAGCAAUAUUACCAAGUAUCAGAGAGUCGACAUUUGGGAUUUUGUAGAGGAAGCAGACCUCCCAAGCUACGCGGACGGUUUGAAACACAACCUUCCAGAUGGGGACGAGCGCUGGGAACAGCCUGAUCUGUACACGCCAGAUCGCAUCUUGUUCCUUGAUGGGACCAUUCAGAGCCUAUAUUCUGCAGAAGCCACCUACCAUGAGGCUCUGGUACAUCCAGCCAUGUUUGCUCACAAUGCACCUAAGCAUGUUGGAGUUCUUGGAGGGGGCGAGGGAGCUACCAUUCGGGAAGUGCUGAAGCAUAAAACCGUUCAAAGUGUCACCAUGAUUGAAAUUGACGAGGAACUAAUUGAGAUUUCUCGACAACACCUACCACAAAUGAGCGACUGCAGUGACCUAGUAGGACGUUCAGACAAUUGCUUUGAUGACCAGGCAAUCAAGGUUGUAACAGACAAUGCUGUGGCAUACUUCCAUGCUCGUCAUGGCCCAAACCGUCCCAUUAAAUAUGCUCCAAAGCCUUUUGACGUCCUAAUUGUGGAUGCUCUUGACCCUGAAGACGAUGUCAUGUUUGCCAAGGAUCUUUACGCAGACGAUGUAUUUCUGUCAGCUGUGCUCAGGAGCAUGUCUGAUGAUGGUGUCCUGAUGAUCCAAAUUGGAACAGCUGCUGAUCUGCUCGAUCCCAAGGCUGACAUUGGGGUGUACCAGAUCAGAGAAAGGAUGUUCAAUCUGUUUGAAGAGCAUCCUGAUGUGGCUGCCAUGUUUGUAUUUGAAGAACCUGAAUCUGGUUUCCUCGAACCGCAUUCUUUCCUCGUUGUUUGCAAAGAUAAUAGAUGCAGGAAUAAGUGGAAUGCCAGAAGCGAUGCAGUUGACUAUGAGAUUUACAAGCGCAUUGUUCCCACCAAUUCUGGACAACCAGCUCUCAAGUACUAUGAUGGUGCAGUCCAGCAUGGGUAUCAGAUCCCCCCAAAGGCUUGGGAAUCAGUCUACUGCCGAAGGGAACCUGCACCGUUUGAGUGCUCAUUUGUGUCUCUCGACUUUGCGAGCGAAAUCCACGAGCUAAGGUUGAAUGGAGAGGGCUCAUUCCGCAUCGAGCUUCAGAAAAACGAGGACGGCGAGGUAGUUGAUGCGUCGGUGAUUGCCAACGUAGACAUUCCCAAGGGCUCUUUCAUCAUGCCCGAUGACCUUUCCAAGCCGUUGAUUCUUGGAGCACACAAUGUCAACGCUAUCAACACCCACGACAAUUCGCCCACAUUCAAAGAUCUAGCCGCUUUCAUUGAGUCAUGGGGACACAAGUCCUUUGCCGAAGGUACGGACACUCGAAUCCUCGAAGUUGGCGCUUCGACAUUGAUUCGCAAGGUCCAUGCUGGGGAUAUCAAUGUUGGAAAGUGGGUUCCUACCCAUCCAAGUGGCAAAAGGCCUCCUUACUCCCCUGUGUACGACCGUCAUCCUAUUAGUUUUGAGGUAUUCCUCGUUGCGUUGGACGAUAUUCCUUCCGGAACCGAGCUCACGCGGUCUGUGGACGAUUGGACGACCUGAAACGAGGCAACUCUCACGUGACGGAAUUUGUGAAGCAGGUAACCAGUAGCCCUUCGAUGUAAGCAGCGUGGGAUAGCAAGAGACAUUUUCUUAUUUUAAAAAUUUGACUAUUAUUUCU